CUGCAUAUAUGGUCUUUGGCACUCUGCACAGGACGAAAUUCUGGAGAUUAAGCAUUCCCAAUUGAUUAGAUUUUAUUUAUAUUCUACGUUCACGGAAUUUACACCACCUUUUGUGGCAGAACAACGAUUUUAGCAGAAAAGUUGAAAGAGUUCUGCCGCACUUGGUAACGUUGUGGAGUUCCCUUGUCACAAGGCGAAUUUCUAAAGUUUUUUUUCCUGAGAUGAACUUUUCAGCUUGGGCGACAGGGAAGGGUAGAUGAGGAGGCCGAGAUGGAAAAGAACAAAUCACAGAUAAUACUACUUGAUAAAAAUGGUCUGGAGACGGUAGCCAAGGCUCUUUCCUCUGCCUGCUGGACUCUUACUGAAUCUGGAAGUAUUGAAAUAGGGUCCAUUACAGCCUCCUCUUCAGCUCAGGCCAGUGUGCCCCAGCUCACACUUGCUCAAGGAAAUGCCCGCCCUGUCACUCAAGUCUCAGUCACAGGAGGGUCAGCCAAUAGUGGUUCACCAGGCCCACCUGAACGGCCCCCUACGUUCCAGCGAGACAAUUCUCAGAUGACAACUCUUAAUGAGUUGGGAAAGAAACUGUUGGCAGCAGCAAAGGUGGGCAAUACUAGUCAAGUACGGAGGUUGAUGGCAAUAGGCGCACCGUUUGCAUCAGAUGGGCCCAUUGGCAUGACUCCAUUACAUUUGGCAUCACAGAAUGGCCAUUAUGAAACCUGUGAUCGCCUGUUAGCUGCAGGCAUGAACAAAGAUGCCCGCAACAAGGUAGACAAGACCCCCCUCCACCUUGCUGCCAUGGAAGGCCACAAGGACAUUGUAUCUUUGCUAGUCAGAUCAGGAGCCAAUAUUAAUGCCUGUGAUAUGUUGAAGAUGACUGCUUUACAUUGGGCAUGUGAUAGAGGACACACCUCAAUUGUUGGCUUACUUCUAAAACAUCACGCCAAAACUGAUGUGGCAAACAAAUUUUCCAAGCCUCCUCUCCAUAUAGCAAUAGAAAGAGGACAUCAGCAGAUUGUUCGACUGCUCCAGGAAGGUGUGAAUUACAAAGAAGAGGAGGAGGCAGUUGCAGUGGAAUCAAUUUCACUAAAUGUCACAGAUGACUUGAACUCUAUUCCUGUUGUGUGCAAGACGGAGGAGGUUUGUACAGAGGAAUAUGAAGAAGAACUGGUGGAAGACCAGGCAGAGAAGGAGGAAGAAAGGUUUAGUAUGGAGGGUGAUCUACCUCACUCCAUCCUGGCAGAUGACUCAGAUGAUCAAAACACAUCAGUCCUGGCAACACUGGCAGAAUUAGCAGAGGCUACAUCAAAGGGAUCUGAGGGCUCUGAGGAUGUAGCAAGUGCAGCUGCCUUAGAACUACUGAAAGCCCAAGCUGCUCUGCUUCCAGUAGAUGACUCCUCAACUCUAGUGACGUCAGCAGUAGCACAUGGUCAGACACUACACCUUACAGAAGCUGGAAGACAGGCUUUAAAACUGAUUAAACAGGAAAUGCCUUUACUUCCAACAGCCACAUUAAAGCAAGAUCACCUUAAUACAGAUCAUAAUAAAGCUACAAAAUCCAGUACAACUUCAAACUCCAACUCCCCCAAAAUCAAACCAAGCAGAACGAGGCUUCAUACUCAUCAUCUACCUUGACAGCACCAUGCCUGCCAGCUCUACUCUCAACUUCAGGUGUAGAAAGCAUAGUAGAAGAGAUUGCAGAUGAAAAUCAAGAAGUCACUCAGGUCAUAACACUGAGUCCUGAGCAGUAUGCUGCUUUGACA